AUGGAUUUCUCGGAGGAAUGGAAGUCCUUCUUCCCAAUCGGCAGCGUCUUCGGGGCGCCUCUCCUCCUCUCGAGCCGCGCAACCAGGGACGUCCUGGGUCCUCUCUGUUUCAACCCAGACCCCGAUUCCUCAACCCUGCUCUUCGAUUCCCCGGCUCUUUCUCCUCCUAUUAUCAAUCCUCCUUCCCACCUCUCGUUCUCUCGUUUCCUCGCUACCUCAGCUUCCGCCCACCACGAUUCUUACGUUCCUCUCUCCACCGUCUCCUGCAUCAACUCCUCCUUCCGCCCUCAAUCUUCCGGUGAUGACAGCGACAACGCAGCUUCCUGGCUUGCUCGCAAUCGAAUUCAACUCCUUAGGUCUCCUCAGGGGAACUCCGUUAUCGUCUUCUUCCCCUCCGGCUCCAAUUUUGACCAAAUUGGGUUUCUGGUGUUGGAAGCGAAAGAGGGUAGCUUGAAUGCAUGUGGGAAUGCCACUGGCGGCGUUUUCAGCGCCAAUAAGCAAUUGAGUCAGCGGAUUAGAGGGGUUUUGGUUAACCCAGUUGCAGGUUCAGGCUGGCUUGGAGGUGGGUCUUCUGCUGCUUCUUCUGAUGCUGUUAUUGGGUAUUUGUUGGUUUAUUGUAUUUAUUCAGUGCAUUGGUUCUGCGUUAGAAUUGGUGGAGGUAGUAAAAAGCCUGCAGUGGUAUAUAUGGGUUCCAGAAUGUUCAAAAGCUCUGCCGUUGUGAGUGCUUGUUGGAGUCCGCAUUUGCCUGAAGAGAGUGUGGUUCUGCUGGAGAAUGGUUCAUUGUUUUUGUUUGAUUUGGAGUCAGAUAGUUCUAGCUCGUGUUUUAGAGGGACACGGUUGAAAGUGUCAUGGGAUGAUGAAUCUCCUGAUUCUGGGAACUGCAAGUGGCUGGGGUGUGAGCUAAGUUGGCAUCCUAGAGUUUUGAUUGUUGCACGUUCUGAUGCUGCUUUCUUGGUUGAUUUGAGGUUUGAUCAGUAUAAGGUGACUUGUUUAGCUAAAGUUGAUAUGUUUGGCCCUUAUGCUCCUUCUGGAAUGACUCGAUUCAGAGCUUUCUCCAAGGCCAUUUCCAGUCAUUUCCACUUCAUUCUGGUAUCUGGUAGCCUGUUAGUUCUAUGUGACGUUCGUAGACCAUUUUCACCGGUGUUGCAAUGGGCGCAUGGUCUUGACAAGCCAUGCUAUGUUGAUACCUUUAGAAUAUCCGACUUAAGGUCAAAUCUGAGGGAUAGUAAUGCACAUAAAUGGGCAACUGAAUCUGGUUUCGGCAUUCUACUUGGAUCAUUCUUCAGUUCUGAGUUUAGUCUCUUUCCUUAUGGACCCCCUCUGCCUGCUCCUUAUAAGUCGAUUGCAUCGAAGAUCUCUGAAGUUUCCAAAUCCUUUUAUGCAUGGGACCUCCCUUCUAGUCUCAAUCUGCCAAAUGCUGAUUGCAUCUGUGGGAGCUGUCUUCUGAAAGAAGAGUUUUCAAAAGAUGCUCUUCAUGAAUGGCUCGACUGGAAGCAGAAGAGAGAUAUUGUCCUAGGGUUUGGCAUUCUUAGUGAAGACCUGUGCUCUUUGCUACACGAGCCUGAUGAAUUUGGUGGAUUUAGUUUGAUUAGGUUGAUGUCAUCUGGAAAGCUUGAGCUGCAGCGAUACUCUGCUUCAUGGGAUUUGGUCAGAACAUCAAACCAUCACACUGACCCAUUACUUAGUCAUGCAAAUAACUUAUACUUAUCUUUGGAGGAUGAGCGGUACAAAUUUCCUAGAAGAUAUAAAUAUUUGGAACUGGAUUAUCUCUCAGCGUACUUGAAUGGUGAUCUCUCUAAGAUCUUGGAUUUAAAUUUGAGGAAUGCUUCCGAGGUGGGUCCUUUGAACAAAGAAUCUCUUAGCCUGGACUGUCAUGAAGCAUUGUGUGAGAAGUUGAAGAUUAGUGGGCUGAAUCGGUUUAGAGAAUCUCCAAUUGUCAGCCUUGUUCUUAAUGAUGUGAACUUGCCAACAAGCAUACGUGAAGUUGCUUUGAGGAAGACGUGGGCUGGCCUGCCGAUGGAACUCCUACAGCUUAGCUUUUCUAGCUACUCGGAACUUCUUGAUGUGCUAUUAGACCAGAAGAAGGUUUCCCUGGAGUUCUUACCAGUCCCCGAUCUUCCCCAGUUGCCUCCAUUUUUCUUGAGGAAGCCCUCACAUCGUAGCAACAAAUGGUCGCAAAAAGAGUCGCGUGACGACAGUACUCUUGUGGGCCCAAUUCUUCCUCUGCCAGUUUUGAUUACAGUCCACGAACUGAAAAAUGGUGGCUGUCCAGCGAGCACCCAGGAGGAAACUGUUGAAUUUUCCGCAGAGGCUGAACUCAAUAACCAAUGCGAUGAAGUAAUGCGAAUGGCGAAGGAAGUUGCUGGAACAGAUUCCACCACUAUUUUUGGUGAUGAGAAUGCUGUAUCCCUUGCCAGUGACACUGAUGAAAUCUGGGCUAAUUCUCAGCAGCCAAAAUCUUUCAUGCUAUAUCGUCCAGCAGCAGCCGUUCAGGGAACUAGUAACGGCAACAGCAGUUAUUCUAAAGAUCACAGCUUUAGUACCUUGAUUACAAAACUGCAAAGCAAAGAAGCCGGUGCUGGUGACAUUCAAGAUCCUCACAGACACAUCUUUGAAGAUCUAUGUCCCAUCGACUUGAGGUUCGACAAAGAUCUUGGCAACUUCAGCCAGGAGGAAGCCAAGGCAUACAAUUUGUUGAAGAGAAAGUUGAUACAAUGGCAGGAACAGUUCAAACCAUAUCAAGACUUUUGUAAUCUUUUGUAA